UCUCCUUAGAGCUCGUCUGGGUUUCAGGGACCUGUUCAAGCACUAAAUCUAAGUGUCGGAGUGUGAGACAGAGGUAAAACUUCUCGUUUUAGGCUACUUUUUUUGUUGUUGGCUGCACUCUGCAAACGUGACUUGCUACAUAGAAAAUUUUUCAGAUAGAGGCAUUGUUCUAUCAGGGCGUCGACUGGCCAAGAAGCGGAGCAUCCAUUCAUCCUUUCAUUGGCAACUGAGCUUUUCCAGUCUCGCUAGCUAGCGUUAGCCAAGAGGCAGGGGGCACCGUGUCGGAGAGAGCUUCAAAAAUGUCGGGGUACCAAGGAAAAAAGAACAUCCCACGAAUUACAAGUGACCGUCUCCUCAUCAAAGGAGCAAAGAUAGUGAACGAUGAUCAGUCAUUUUUGGCUGAUAUCUACAUGGAAGAUGGAGUCAUCAAGCAAAUUGGAGACAACCUUAUUGUUCCUGGGGGAGUUAAGAUCAUAGAGGCUCAUGGGAGAAUGGUGAUGCCUGGUGGUAUUGACGUACAUACCCGAUUCCAGAUGCCUGAUCGAGGCAUGGUGGCUGCAGAUGACUUCUACCAGGGCACUAAAGCGGCCCUGGCUGGGGGGACAACCAUGAUCAUUGACCAUGUGGUGCCGGAGCCUGGCGUCAGCCUGGUUGCUGCCUUCAAACAGUGGAGAGAGUGGGCUGACAGCAAGUCUUGCUGUGACUAUUCUCUGCAUGUGGACAUCACAGAGUGGAACAAAGGCACCCAGGAAGAGAUGGAGACUUUAGUGAAGGAUCAUGGUGUCAACUCUUUCCUGGUCUAUUUGGCUUAUAAGGAUGUUUUCCAACUUUCUGACUCUCAGAUCUAUGAGGUGUUCAGUGUCAUCAGAGAUCUUGGAGCCACUGCGCAGGUGCAUGCUGAGAACGGAGACAUCAUUGCAGAGGAGCAGAGACGUAUUCUAGAGUUGGGGAUCACUGGGCCUGAAGGUCACGUGCUCAGCCGCCCAGAGGAGGUGGAGGCCGAGGCGGUCAAUCGUGCCGUUACCAUAGCCAAUCAGACUAACUGUCCCCUCUACAUCACCAAGGUGAUGAGCAAGAGUGCUGCUGAUGUCAUUGCUCUUGCUAGAAAAAGGGGUGCUGUGGUUUAUGGAGAGCCUAUAUCUGCUAGCUUGGGCACAGAUGGUACUCAUUACUGGAGUAAGAACUGGGCCAAGGCAGCAGCCUUUGUCACCUCUCCACCACUUAGUCCUGAUCCCACCACCCCCGACUACCUCAACUCUCUGCUGUCGUGCGGGGACUUGCAGGUGACCGGAAGUGCUCACUGUACUUUCCACACUUCUCAACGUGCGGUAGGCAAAGAUAACUUCUCCCUUAUUCCAGAGGGAACCAACGGCACUGAGGAGAGAAUGUCCCUAAUCUGGGACAAAUGUGUGGUGACGGGAAAGAUGGAUGAAAACCAGUUUGUGGCAGUGACCAGCACAAAUGCAGCCAAGGUCUUCAACCUGUACCCCCGCAAAGGCCGCAUUGCUGUUGGGUCUGAUGCCGACCUUGUGUUGUGGGACCCAGAUGUCACUAAGAUCAUCUCAGCUAAGAGCCACAACCUGGCUGUGGAGUACAACAUCUUCGAGGGGACAGAAGUACGUGGAGGUCCUCUGGUGGUGAUCAGCCAGGGCAAGAUUGUGUUGGAAGAGGGCAGCCUUCACACCACGGAGGGCUGUGGGCGCUACAUCAGCCGCAAACCCUUCCCAGACCACGUGUACAAGAGGAUAAAGGCUCGCAGCAGGCUCACAGAGCUGCGAGGAGUCCCAAGGGGUCAGUACGAUGGGCCGGUUUGUGAGGUGACUGUGACUCCCAAGGUGAUGUCCACAGUUUCCUCAGUGAAGACUUCCCCUGCCAAGCAGCAGCAGCAACAACAGCAAUUUACUCCCCAGCCUGUGCGCAAUCUUCACCAGUCUGGCUUCAGCCUGUCUGGGGCCCAAAUUGAUGACAACGUUCCUCGUCGUACCACUCAACGCAUCGUGGCUCCUCCCGGUGGGAAAGCUAACAUCACUAGCCUCGGCUAAGCACUUUGUCUCCACUCAGCUGGGGGUUGCAGGGCCACACGGGACCAGAGGCUUCUCUUACAGAUGCCACAUCACAUUCAUUAGCUAAUCACCUCUGACUCCCCUCUGCACCCCACUCCAGUCUAUUACUAUUCACACACUACCACCAUGUCACCUCAUGCAAAGGAAAAAAAAAGAAAGAAAGCACUAUUCUAUUUUAUUUCGUCGUCUCGAGAUAUUUAAAUAUCGUGGAAGGAUCAAGUGAAUUGAAGCAGCCCUUUUUAAUGCUGUUUUCACGCCCAGUUUGAUUAUUGAUGAAAUUAAUUUGUUUACAUUUUUUGUAUAUUUUUGGCUGUAUAUGAUUGUUUGGUUGCCCUCUUGGCUCAGAAAGUUGACCGAAACUUGUCCCAAGGAGCAUUUUAGCAACAAGAGCUGUUUACAUUUCUUCUUCUCCUUCUUCUUCUUCUUGCGCUGUUUCUUUUCCACGUAUUAGAAUGUUUCGGUGGUCGUCAGCCUACCACCUUUAGCUGAAAGUAGAGCCUCUGUUGCCACGGUUACACUGUAACAGCGCUGUUUCAAAUGUUAUGACACCGUUUGUUCAAAUAUCUCAAAAUGUGAAAAGUCAGUAGACUAUUGUUUUUGAAUAACAACUCAAGUCUGCAGUGUUUGAUUUUUUUUUAUGUUUAAGCUAUGUAUUGAGCUGAACAAUUCACCUAUGUCUUCCUUUAGUGUUAUAGUUGCACUCGUUUCCUUUUUAAAAAAAAAAAUUUUUUUUUUAAUGUUUUAACACUUUUAAGACAUUUUGGAAAGCACUGACUGCACUGAAAGGAAAAGAAAAGGGUAUUUUAGGCUUAACCACUCAUUCAGCUUCACCCUGCAGGAGAAAUAGUGAGUGUUCUGUCUGCAAAACACAAACUCUUCACUCAUUUCUUCACAUUUUUUUUUCCCUCACAUUUGUUGAUAGGUUUGUCAGGGCAAAAAGCUUCCAAUAAUCGCAUCGCUGUAUGUCGUUCAGGAUACAGUCAGUCGAAGAAGCUCGAUUUGGAAGUCUUGCCCACAACCUCUCUGCACUAGGUGCUAUAUAUAUAUAUAGAUAAAUAAAUAUAUAUGACCAUUGCUGUAUAUGUGCAGAUGAUGUCACUGCAGUCGUGUAAGCUUUGUAAUAACAGCAGCCGGGGUAGAGUCACCAAUUUCCCAGUUUUAACAGAACUCGUUUUUGCACCUGUAACAAUCCAAAUGGUUAAAACUGUAUGUGAGCUUGCAACUUUUUAUUUGUAAUGGAUUUGUCUGUAUGUUUUAGGAUAUGUGUUGAACUCUUUGCCUGCCUGUUCUGUAAGAUAUUGAUAGCACACUGUAUCUAUGAAGGCUCUUUAAAGAAGCGAAACGACGAUUUUUGAGACCUGAUGGAAAAAAAAAAAAAAUGCUUGUGUAUGUAUAUUGAAACCCCCACACAGUGUGCUGAUGAUGUGUCCGCUGUUCUCGGUGUUAGUGUUGUGAAUGAAUUACCGGAUAUAUCAUUUUCCUUCCCCUCCAUCUAUCUGCCUGGCCGUUGUCAACACCAGAUUCACUCACGAUAGUAACCGUGCUCACCGAACCACAACAGGUCGUCGGUCACACAGUGCUGUGCAGCCAUACUGUAAACACUGGAUUUUUUUUCUUUUUUUCUUUCUCAUUGCCUUGUCAAAGUGUAGGUUUUGUAUGCCAAGCUAUAAUGUGAAGUGAUUUACAUUUGGGGAACUUUCUUGAUAAUGGUUUUCGGGUCGUAAUGUUGAGCACUGUUGUUUGCCCUUCUCCACCUAGUGUGAUACUAUUGCUCAUGUAUGUUUUGUAGGAUACCUGAGUUUUAGGGGGGAAAUCAUCGAUUCUGUCAGCAUUUGGUUGUGUUGACUUCAGUGGAUUAAAAUAAUAAAAAUAAAA